UUUGAUUCUCUGUUUAUUUUUAUCUGUAGGUUUUUACAUGGAAACCGAAUCAAAAACAUUGAUGCGAAUGCUUUUCGCGGCCUCACUGAUCUGCGUUUGGUGUAAGUUGUAUUGAAUAGAAGUAAACUGAGAUGCUUUUCUUUCAGCUUCGUACAUAGUUCUAUAGUAUUUAGCAUUUUAAAAAAAGUUCAGUGUCGAUCAAUUUUUUAGUUGGUUUGUCUAAAUCAGUAUCACAAUCUUGAUGGUUUUAUGUCAAGUUUCCCCUUCACUUUUUUUAGUACGGGAUGGCAUCAAAUGUACUCUGCGUGAGGGAAAUUGCCAUUUUAAAGCAAUUCAUUCUGAAGCCAAUCAUAUAAACAAAUUAACUUCUUGAAUUCUAGGACGCUAUUUGAAAACCCCGCCUUAAUGUCACUUCCAAGAAAUGUAUUCAAUGGACUGACUGAAAAUGUUACUUUGUAAGUAUAGAUAGUUCUCAAUCUACUAACUAGGAUACAUUUCUUCAAAGCCCUUUUUACAUUUAAUAAGUAUGAACUUUGAGUCAUUAAUACAAUUGCAUACCCACUGUUCCUCAAUGUAGUUGCUUGGAUAAAUAUUAUUAUUUGAGAUAUUUGACAAUUUGUAAUUCAAGUUGGUUAUACCUUCCGAGAGAGACAUCUUGUUUUUUUAAGAUCACCGAAACCUCUGGUGAUGCCAACUAACUUGAAGAUGUUUAACCAUGCAGUGAUAAAUAACAAACUGCACAAUAAUUUUGUUCUUGACUGAUCCUGAUCUUCGUGCACGGUUCUGACCAAAUGAGCCACUUCAUUUGAACCUACUAAUUGUCAAUUUACUUAAGCAUACCCCAAACCUCAUCUUAAAGUUAAAAGGUUUGAACUUCUUUUUAGAGCUCUCUCCUGCAAAACCCUCAAAGAGCUUCCUCGAGGGAUAAACGAGGCAAGAGUGUAAGUAAAAGGUCAUGUAGAGCAGUUUUGGUUGUAAUUCAGGAUCGCUCGGGUUUUGCUGUAAAACUCAGAUUAAAAAUAACGAUUGAUUAACCUUGACUUGAUAAUGUAUAUCAACAAAGAAAAGAACAUUACAGAUCAGUCAUUCUUUGCUGCCUCGAGGUCAUUUACAUAUAGGGUGCUCAAGUAUAUUAUCUUCGGUUUGAUCUACUUUAUCAGUUGCAGUAAAAUCUGGCUGUGAUGUGCUCUGCUGUAUUGUGCUAUAAUGUAUCAUGUUUGAACUUUCAUCAAUGAUUUGUCAUAUUCAGUAUCUUUUGGUCUGGUUUGGUGUGGGUCUGAAUCCAGGCCAUUUAAUUUGCCUAACAUAUAAGCUUUGUGGAACUCUUUAACCUUGAAUUACAGUGAACUGUUGCGCCGGCUUUUCACCCUUUUGGUUUUAUUAACAAGUUUUUGUUUGCAUUUCUUUCAUCAGUGUAUGUGCUCCAACAGAAUCUUUGUUUGUAAUCGUCUCUUACCGAGAACGCCGCUAUCAGCGGGAUGGUCUUCUAGCCUCCGGCUUUAUGUGUCCUAAAUGCAGAAAGGAGGUCUAUCCCAGAUGCCUUAAUUGUAGCCUUUGCUCGACGGGCACCUACAGCAGCCGUGAUACUACGAAUACACAUUGCUUGAGGUGCCCUGCAGGUAAAUAUGAUGCUUUACAUGUUGCAAUUUGUUUUUGGAGACAUUUACGUUUAGCUAAAAACCAUAAAAUGAGUGUCUGAUCUCAAUGGAUAGAGUAUCGCUCCCAAAUGUUUUAUUUUUAGGAGGCUUUUACCAAGACGAAAUGGGCCAAAUUGACUGUAAGACCUGCUCCAUUGGCACUUAUGUUCCUGAAAUUAACUCCCCUGGAAAAUCCGCGACUGACUGUCGUGCAUGCCCUUACGGUAAGAGAAAAUAAUGAUUGAAAUUGAGUUUUGAAAAAUUGAGGCAAUAAUAUUGAAUAGAAGAGAAUUCUUCUUGUAAGAAUGCAUUACGUAUGAAUAUCUUGAGAAGAAUCUCGAUUUCAGAAAUUCUUGCUACAAGAAUAAGGAAUUCUUUUCUCAAGAACGAGAAUUCUUCCUUUAUCAUAUUGACCCAUCUCGUCUCGAUAAAGAAGGAAUGGGUCAAUAUGGAUGCAAGAUUUGCAGCACGUAUACCUAUGUUCAUGAGGAGUAGCAUCCUGGAAAAAGUCCUAAUGACUAUCGCGCAUGCCCAUACGGUAAGGAUCAGGUUCAAUAAGAAGCUAUUGCGUGAUUUCACUUUCGUUCUUAUUGUCCGAUGACCAUGAUUUUAUGCUUUGAAAGAUGUGCUUGCUUUUCAUUAUGAUUUUACACAUGAACUAAUUAUCAAACAUUUUCUCGCGAUUAAUAGUCAUUACUGAUUGUAGAGCCAAGCUAGGAAAACCAAUUUGUUUCGACACCUGUACUGCUAAUUUUCGGAAGGCGGUGAGGUAAAACGACUACCCGUCGCUAACCGUAAAUUGUUGACCAGGUGCUGUCUGUAAAAUUUGGUGUUCUGUCUCUGAUGUGUAUUACUCCCCAUGCAACCAUAGGUUUACAAUGUUGUGGAGAGCACUGGUGGUUGUACUUUAGCAGAAAGUUUAUCCAUCUGGCUCUGGUUGUUCAAAGACUGGAUAGCGCUCUUGACUGAAUAAAUCUCGAUUCGGUGGAUAGCGCAGUACGUUCUGCUCACACUUAUCCAUUGGACAGCGAUUUACCCAUUUGAUAGAUGCCGUGAUGAUGCCGUAGAACGGCGAAAGCUCGGAGUGAAUAAAGAAAGAACCACAGUAGCACUUAAAGGCUUCAUUUGAUCAAUAUCCCACGCCAUUUGAUAGUGUUAUCCGUCCUUUGAACAACUGGUCUCUGAAAGAUCUCUCAAGAAAGUAAAGGGUUUUCAUGUUGGAAAAUCCUGAUCACUUUGUAUUUACAUAACAUUUCUGUGUUUGUAAACAGGUACUAACACUAAUGAAAUCGCUGGUUACCGUGCAUGUCGAUGCCUCCAUAAAUUCUACCGCUUGGAUCGUUUUGGCCCUUGCAAAUCGUGUCCAUAUCAUGGAAUGAACUGUGAGAAUGAUACUGCAAUAUUAGCACCAAAUUACUUUUGGAAAUGGAACAGCUCCGAAAAAAUGGAAUCUUACAGAAGUUUCGUCCAAAACAUCCAAAUUACCACAGCUGAAUAUAAUAAAACCUUCUCCACUUUUGAAGGACUGUUGCCAAAGCCUCUGAAGUGCCCUUAUCCAGACUCAUGUAAGGGCGGAAUAAACUCAACGUGCAACACUGGCUACCAGGAUACCCUCUGUGCAACAUGUUCCUCGUACCAUUAUCUUAGAUUCAACAGAUGUUUAAAAUGUCCUAAGCUGGUAGUCACAGUCAUUUCUUGUGGUCUGAUACUUUUGUUCUUUGUCCUGCUGUUUGUGAUUGUUUUCAAGUGCGACUCAAGACGAGCAGGAGACAAUCGUUUUGUUGCAGAUGUCGUAAUGUCCUGCAUUAAGAUCAUUAUUGGAUUCUAUCAAGUUCUUGCUGGUAUUUUUUCAGCUUUGCUGCAUGUACAGUGGCCAAUGGCUAUUUUAUCUGCGGCGAAAUGCUUGAAAUUUGUUGAAGGAAAUAUUUUACAGUUCGCACCUCUGAGUUGCAUUCACCCUGUGCUCCGCUUGGACCCAUUUAUUCAAUUUGUCCUCGCUAUUACUAUAAACGUCUUUGCUGUCUCUUUAAUACUGCUUUACCUCUUCUUUAAAAUGCUUCUCCUUAACAGGAUGGAGAAUUCCACGGGAGAAAACAAUUCCAAUUUUAUAGCGAGAAACACCUUAGAAAGAAUGGAGGAUACCACAGCAGAAAAUGCCUUGUAUGGAAUUGAGAAUUCCAUGCUAGAGAGUGCUUCGGCGAGCUCAACGGGGGAAUCCAAACGGGAAAAAAUCUCAAACUUGAAGAAGUCUUGCUAUCGAAACAUCUUUUUAUUUCUCCUGUUGUCUUAUCCAAUAACAAGUAAGAAGAUUAUAAACAUUCUGCCCCUGCCAGGAGCGUGUGUCAAGAAGUGUUUCUUGAAUGAUGACAACGAUUGUAUUUCUCUACUGAAGGCCGACUAUUCCAUUCCUUGUUCUACCUCUCGACACACUGACUUUUGGCACAUCGCUGCUGGGUUUGCACUGUAUCCCAUCGCCUUCCCAAUUCUGCUGCUGGCACUCCUUUGGAAAUGUCGAAAAUACCCGCAAAAACACAAACAGUUUAACUUUGGCUUGAAAGUGUUCUAUGAGAACUAUAAGGACAAGUAUUGGUUCUGGGAGAUAGUUGAGAUGUACCGGAAGCUGAUCUUUAUUUCAGUCAUUCUUCUGUUCGACUCCGAAAGCGAUUCUCAAAUUGGCUUUGCUGUGAUCGCCGCAAGUGCAUCAGGAAUUGUGUACACCAUCUUUCGACCGAUGAAAGACAAGUUUGAAGAUCGACUACAAACGUUUGUGCUUUGGGUGAUAUUCUUUAAUGUCUUUCUUGGUGCAGUUUAUUCACGGCCCGCCUUGAACGAGGGGCAUGGAGAUAACAAUUCGUUAUUUGUAAAUGUGAUGUUUUUGAUUCUCAACUGUGCCGUGUUGGUUGUGGCAGUUGGUAAGUCA